AAUUUUUGAAAAUAAAUGUGCCCGUAACAUUUGGGCGCUUCCCUUGCUAUAGAAGUUGGACCCCAGAAGAAACUUUGAGGGAGGGAGGGAGAAAUAGCAGAUAUGGAUGGUUCUCUAGAUUUUGAGUUUGAAGACCCACUUCUCAGUUCCCCUGUUGUUACCAAGAAAAGGAAGAAGGUUAUUGGAUUGGAUGAUCUUUUGAGUGAUUACUACAAAGAGAAAAGCAAACUUGUCGAGAGGGAGUCUAUACAAGAAAAGGCCAAAAAAGCCUACAACUCAGAUGACGAUGUCAAUACCAAAGAAGCUUCACUUUCUGAAGUGAUCGAUCAAUGCCAAAAUCAGAUGAAAGAAAUUAGCGGUGAGGAAGAUAUGUCCAUGUGGGGCAUGCGUGUAUUUGGGAAUCAGAAAGUUCCACCACCUCUAGCUUUUCCUGGGCUUGGAAGUUGUGCCCUCUUGCAGUUUUUCAUGAAGAAUGAGCUCAAUUCCCUGUUUGAACUCGAUUCAGAUAAAGGAGACCUGUUCCUGGAAGGAUUGUUAGCAAAUGGCUGGCUUUCAAAAUUGGCAUUUAUAUGCGGUCAUGUAGAAAAAUCAAUGGCCGUGUGGACAUUUAAUUUGAUGUUAUAUUCGUCAAAAGAAGAAUUGAGAACAUCUGCAUGUGACUUCUGGUGUGCUAUUUUGUCAUCAAAAGAUGAGCCUGUCCUGAUUGAUUGGCUUCCUAGCUAUUUGGAAUUAAAAGGGGCUCUUGAAAUUUAUGGAUUUGAAUAUAAGUUUUCAUUCAACAGAGACUCUUUGCCUGCUGGUUCUAAUUGUGGAGGGCCACCUCAAAAUAUUAGAUCUUGGGUCAGAUUUGUUGCUGCUUGUAGUCAUGUAAGGAAUAAACUCUCUAUCCUUUCAACCUCAGAAGCCGAAGAGUUAGUUGAAGUCAUUAUUUUUCUGUUCUUGGAUCACCAGCUUCAUGGUCUGGCGGUGCUUUUAUACGAAUGUAUGCAAUCACUUAUCAGUUACUUCACAGAGAAAGAAUGGAAGAACAGCUGUAACAAGAUAGCAAAAUCACUUGCUUGCAGAGUUCCUAGGGACUUAAACUGCUUGCGAGCUGUGGAAUGCAUUUCAGGAUACGAUACCUGUAGUAAGCAACUUAGAAGUUCAGUUGCCUAUCAAAUUCUUCUUGUUUGUUUUGAUAAUAAGGCUACUGAUGAAGAAGAGAUCAUGCGAUUGCUUAUCGCAAUUAAUGUGAAAGAAAAAGGUUGUGAUCUUUUCAAGAUGUACAUUUACUUGGUUUUGGCAGAGAAUUGGCUCUUGGUUAAUCAAAUGUUGGAACAUAAGCCAGUAAUUAAUGAAAUGUGGGGUCUUUAUCUUCGAAACUGUUCUUGCCAAAUUUCCAGCACAGACUUGAGGUCCUUUGCAUCAAAGGUCCGUAAUAAGGCUUCAUAUCUUCUGCAAGGCACUGUCACCAAAUAAUGUGGUAAGAGUAUGAAUGCUGUCCACCAAACGCGUAAAAAAGAAGUUUCAGAUGGGUGAAUAUUUUGAAUCCACUAGAUGAAAGUUUUGUGAUGGGUUGAAAUUUUCUCUCUUUUGGAUAGCAAGAGUUGGCGAUAUUCUUUCGUAGACAGUUUUGAAGAAUGUUGAAGUUCCACUUCUAAUGGUGUUGGAAUUUUGAAGGGGAUGCUGUAUUUGUACCUGUUAAUGUAUAAUCAGAAGCUACUUGAUGUGUAUACCUGUUAAUAUCUACGCAUGCUCUCUCUCUCUUGCUUUUUCUGCUUUUUGCUUCACAAAGAAUCUACUUCUAAGGUUGCGUUUC